AUUAGUGGAAGAGAGAAAGGGCUGGAGAAAGGGGAAUCUGAUAGGGGAGGACAGAAGGCCAUAGAAGAAAGAAAAGGAGGAGAGGAGCACCAGCGGGAGGUGAGGAGCAGAUCCGGGUCUGUUUUGGACGGAGUCGGAACCCUGACCUGCUCGGAGGGAAUGGGGUGAAGGUCAAACCACUGCGAGACUCUGGAAACGCCACUGAUUGGGACCAAAAGAUCUCGAUCGAUGGACUGACUGAGUGUUCCAUAUUACUCCGUUGAUUGGCCCCAGUAUAUAAGUGUGGCGGUUGGGAAGAUUCGGCAUCACGUCUGAAACUCUGACAAACUUCUAUAGAUGUGUGGUGGAGAGUAUAUUGACUGGUUGAGCGGAAAAUCCUCCAGAAGAUCAGUACAUGUCUCCGGUGGUGACAGGAAUGGACGUGACCAGCCGAUGUACCAGUGGUGAUCCGAACCGGCUUCCGGAGGGACUGCCUCAAUCUGCGUGCUUGCACUAUAUCUCUGACAAGCACCCCCGGCUGACCCUGGACGCCAUCAACCAGCUGAGGAAGAACCAGGGCCUGUGCGACGUGGUGCUUGUCGUGGGCCUGAAGAAGAUCUAUGCCCAUCGAGUGGUGCUUGCGGCUUGCAGUCCGUACUUCCACGCGAUGUUCACGAGCGAGCUUGCUGAGAGCAGGCAGACGGAAGUUCUCAUUAGAGACAUCGAUGAGCGGGCCAUCGAGCUUCUCAUUGAAUUUGCAUAUACAUCCCAAAUUAUUGUGGAAGAGAACAAUGUUCAGACUUUGCUGCCGGCUGCUUGCUUACUGCAGCUGACUGAGAUUCAGGAGACCUGUUGUGAAUUUUUAAAGCGGCAGCUAGAUCCGUCCAAUUGUUUGGGAAUCCGAGCGUUUGCUGACACUCACGCGUGCCGAGAAUUGCUGCGGGUGGCGGAUAAGUUCACACAACACAACUUUCAGGAGGUAAUGGAGAGUGAGGAGUUUAUGCUUCUGCCAGCAAAUCAGAUGAUUGACAUUAUUUCCAGUGAUGAGUUGAAUGUGCGAAGUGAGGAGCAGGUGUACAGUGCUGUUGUAUCCUGGGUCAAGUAUAACAUUCAAGAGAGGAGAGGACACCUUGCUCAGGUCUUGCAACACGUUCGUUUGCCAUUGCUGAGUCCUAAAUUCUUGGUUGGCACAGUUGGAACAGACUCUUUGAUCAAAAGUGAUGAAAUGUGCAGAGAUCUCUUGGACGAAGCAAAAAAUUAUCUACUUCUGCCGCAGGAGAGACCCCUAAUGCAAGGCCCUCGAACUCGACCUCGAAAACCUAUUCGAUGUGGAGAGGUGCUUUUUGCUGUUGGUGGUUGGUGCAGUGGUGAUGCAAUCUCCAGUGUGGAACGCUAUGAUCCUCAAGCACAUGAAUGGCGAAUGAUGGCAUCGAUGUCUAAGCGAAGGUGCGGUGUCGGUGUGGCAGUUCUUGAUGAUCUUUUGUACGCAGUUGGAGGUCAUGAUGGGUCUUCCUAUCUCAAUAGUGUAGAAAGGUAUGACCCCAAGACAAACCAGUGGAGUAGUGAUGUAGCUCCGACGAGCACGUGUAGAACCAGUGUGGGGGUAGCAGUGCUGGGAGGACACCUUUAUGCUGUUGGAGGACAAGAUGGAGUGUCCUGCCUUAACAUUGUCGAAAGGUUUGAUCCUAAGGAAAAUAAAUGGAUGAGAGUAGCACCUAUGAGUACUCGUCGUCUGGGGGUAGCUGUGGCGGUCCUUGGUGGACAUCUUUAUGCUACAGGGGGCUCUGAUGGAACAUCUCCAUUGAAUACAGUUGAACGUUUCAUUCCUCAGGAGAACCGUUGGUCUCCUUGUCCGCCUAUGGGAACAAGACGGAAACAUCUCGGCUGUGCUGUCUUCCAGGACAUGAUCUACGCAGUGGGGGGACGUGAUGACACAACAGAGCUCAGCAGUGCUGAGCGAUACAACCUUCGGACCAGUCAAUGGUCUCCAGUGGUUGCUAUGACUUCCAGACGCAGUGGAGUUGGGCUUGCCGUUGUAAAUGGACUUUUGAUGGCAGUUGGCGGCUUUGAUGGCACAACCUACUUAAAAACUGUUGAAGUUUUUGACCCCGAUGCAAACACAUGGAGAUUAUUUGGAAGUAUGAACUACAGACGUCUUGGCGGUGGGGUUGGAGUGGUGAAAAUGACGCAAUGCGAAUCGCACAUUUGGUGAACUGACACUUCUCAAAGGAUUGGUAUGCAUGUUUUUAAAACCAUUCAUCACCUGGCACUGAACUGUUCAAUUAAAUGCCAUCUGCUGGAAGAGCACCUGCUGGAACAAGUUGGGUAUGAAGCAAACUUGUACAUUUUAAUGUUUCUAUGGGCAUUUCAUUUCUAUUUACUGUUAGAGCUGAUAAGUAGUGGCAUCUGAUUAAUCUUAGAGAAAUGAAACCAGUGGCCUUAAAUUAACCAACUAUUUAAAUAUGCUCAAUUUAUAAGCUUCUGAAAUAUCAUGGCAGCUGAACACCUUAUUACCAGCAGUUUAUGCAGCUCGCAAGUAAAUAGCUGAAUGCUCUUAUAGGCAAAAGGUUAACAGCACAACAUUGAGGAAGGCACAGGAAAGUCAGUAUAGUGGGGGGAGGGGAGGAAGAGCUGUGCUUCAGUCAAAAGUUUACAUUAAAAUCAAGAUGGUUAUUCUAAUUUAAUAAGCAUUAUAAAUCUUAAAACAUUUAUACAGUUAAUCAAACUGAUUGAAUACAAGCAGAUGUGCAAGCAUGCACUAGAACCAAAGCAAGACAGUAUUGUUAUACUUUGCCGGUCCACUUAUAUUUGAGCUUUAAUUCAGCUGUCAUGCCUAACCCAAUUUAUUUUCCCUCUGGAGGUCAAAUAAGUGAGGGUUGCAUUAAAAGAGCACGAUUGGCUAGAUAAAAGCAUGGUCAGAUUUCCACAAGUUAACCAAAACCAAGAAUUUGGUUAUCCUGUGCAAUGUUAAACUUGCAGUUUCAAUCUCAAGUGUUUUAGAUUUCAUGCACAAGUUUAGCUCUGAGACAAUGGUAUAGUCUAGUUACAGUUGGUAACUAAAACUUGCACUACUUUUAAAUAUCUUCAUGCAACUUUUUCUUCAAGCUUUAACAGCUGCAAGUUACUACCUCAGCUGGAGAGCUAAACAGUGAAAUCUCCAGGUAUCACUGGAGCUCCAAAACAAGACUUAGUUUAAUUUUGGGAACCCAUUCCAGGGCUAAUGCACUUCACUUUGUUAAGUUCUAACAUUUCUAUUGUACCCCUACAUGAAGUAUCCAUUAAAUUUAAUUGAAUGCUACUACUAUUGUAAUGGAUUAAUGACUCAGAUGCUUAACUGAAAACAUCUUACAAUGUUGCAGUUGUAUAUUUAAGACUUGUACAGUAUUUAAAUAAAAUAGAACAGACACGUUGAAAACCACUUUCAGAAUAACUGAACCCUUGUUUGAGAAACACCUCAACCUCAAAACUCAUUACUCAUUUGAUUCAGAAUUUUAUUUCAACAACCAGUUUUACAAUACUGGAGGUUUGAGCUUCAGAAAUGAGCAUUGAAAAUAAAUAAUCAGAAUAAGGCAAUAGCUUUUAGCUCUUAAAGCACAGCAGUUUGUUCUAGCAAAUUCUAGAAACUCAACUGGUUUCCUCAAAACAUUCUAAUCCAGUAGAACAUCCUUUCAAACUUUAAUUUUCUUGAAGUAAAUUGAAAUUCACAUCUAGAGGAAGCUGGAUUAAUUCAUGUAGUCACUGUAUCAAGCAUUUACAUAUUGGUUAGACCACUACUAGAAGUCAACUAGUGCCCAAGAGCCUUAGUUAUUCAUUAACUAAUCAAGAUUAAAUAUGUUGUAAAAGGUUCACAUACUGUAGUGGUCUGUUUAGCACGCUGAUCAUGUCACAGGUGUCUCCACUUCUGGCCAGUUUCCCAACAAUUCUCAGCUAUCAGAUUAUCGAAGUCUGGUAUGGGAAAUGACUUUUCUAUUGCUAGUUUUGCUUCUGAUAUCCAACUGUUAUUAGAACCAUUUGGAUCCAUGGUUGAUGCAGAAGUCGCCAAACUUGUGUCAGCUGUGAUGUUUAAAAGAAACCACAAUUUCACAUAAUUCAUAUUCAAAGAUGGGUGCAUAUACAAUCCCUUAGUGAUACAGGUAAAACAUCAAGAACAAUUAGCAAAGAGGAUACACUCAUUGGCCACUACCUCCUGCACCUAAUCAAGUGGUGACAGUGCAUGUUCUGGGACUUUUGUUGCUGUAGCCCAUCCACUUUAAGGUUCGGCAUGUCAUGCGCUCAGAGAUGCUCUUCCACACACCACUACUGUAAUGAGUGGUUAGGAGUUACUGUUACCUUCAAGCAGUCUGGCCAUUCUUGUCUGACCUGUCUCAUUAAAGCAUUUUUGCCCACAGAACUGCUACUCGGUGAAC